CAACGUCAACUGUGCCCGUGAGUGAUGUGGCUUUGCCCUCUCUUUCGAGUGAGCUUAUCUCAACACUGGUGUCUUCGGUUACCGAGGCAGUCACGCAAAAGUUAGCUGGCUUCUUACCAACCUCUGCGUCUUCAACAUCCACAAUGGCGUCUGCCCCAACGGAUUCUACCUCCGGAAUCGAAAUCUCAAACCAGGGUCCCAAUGCAGAUUCUCUGGUCAACGACGCGCUCACGUCCAUACAAGAAAACCUUACAGCUCCAAAAAUUUUCACAAUUGGCGCCGGCCGACAUGCAUCGAGCUCCAACGCCUAUUCCCUUUCACCUGCUGCCGGAAAAUUGGCGACUAUAGUUUCUCAAUUAGCUCAAAGUAGCUUGCAACCUUCUUCAGUGCCGACUUAUAAGCGGGCAUGGGCACUUUUUGCGCAAUUUCGUGUGGCAAUUUUUAAUGAGGGAUCGUUCACUUUGCCUUUGUCGCCCUCAGUCGUCGCGUUAUUCAUAGCGUACUUAUUUGACCUCAAGUACGCCUCUUCAACAGUUAAUACUUAUGUAUCUGCACUGGGUUAUACUCAUCGCAUGUCCGAUCUACCGGAUCCAACGAGAGUUUUCUACGUAACGCAAAUAUUGAAGGGGUAUGUUACAUUUGGGUUCCUAAGUUCAACCUACACCGUUGGUGAGGCAGAUGGUAAAUUGCGAGUUUGUCUUGGUGUUGACAAUUUGAUGGAAGAGUUUUUUAGGAAAAAUGCACUGCAACAAGGAGAAGAUUACUCAGAUGAUGAGAAAUUUGUUGGAAUACUAAGUUUUAUUCAAAAAACAUUGCGUUGA